AUGGAGCCAGCGGGCGCGUACGGAGCCGGGAGGGCCGGGAGCGUCUCCUUCGACCCGGUCGCGUUCUUCACCCAUCCCCGGACCAUCCUCAGACUGAUGUCGUGGGUUUUCUCCGUGGUGGUGUUCAGCUGCAUCGUGAACGAGGGCUACAUCAACAUCGGCAGCGAGCGGCUGCUCUGCGUCUUCAACAACAACGCCGACGCCUGCAACUAUGGCAUCACUGUGGGCGUGGCCUGUUUCCUGGGCAGUAUCUGUUUCCUGAUCCUGGACGUUUACUUUCCCUCCAUCAGCAACAUCCGGGACAGAAGACGCGCCGUCCUGCUGGACCUCGUCUUCUCCGGCCUCGCCAGCUUCCUGUGGUUCGUUGGCUUCUGUUUUCUGGCCAAUCAGUGGCAGGCGACCUCUCCAGAAGAGCUGCCAUUGGCCCAGGGCUCCGAUGCCGCCAGAGCCACCAUCACUUUCUGCUUCUUCUCCAUCCUCUCCUGGACCGUGCUGACGCUGAGCGCACUGCGACGCUUCCUGACCGGCAGCAAAACAAACUUGUUCACAUGGCAACAUCUGGAGGCCGCCCCGGGCAACGCUCGCGCUACACCGUAUCCCAUCGCCAACGGUGCCACCAUAGUGACCACCAACCCCUAUCAGGCCCCGCCCUUCACCGAGACCCUGGACCCGCAGAAACUCACACAGCAGAGACCGAUGGCCCCCGCCUUCUAG